AUGAAUGUGUCAGCUGCCAAUGUGUCAGUUGUUUUACAGUAUCGAGACUCCUUCACUAAAGCUGUGACCAAGAAUGUGAUUGCUGUGGUUAUCGGGAUCUCCAUCAACUUCAUUAAUGCCAGCCUCAUUCACACCUUCCGUAAACACCAGAUAUUCUACAUGAAUCCCCGGUAUAUCCUUUUCAUUCACCUGGUGGUCAACGACAUGAUCGUAGUGACAAUGACCGUCACCCUGUUUAUCAUCAGCUACACCAUCUACAAAUUUAGUGUCUCCGUCUGCUGUGUCAUUGUCCUGCUUCUGAUUUUCACCACUGAAAACACUCCUCUGAACCUGGCCUGUAUGGCGGUGGAAUGCUACAUCGCCAUCUGCCUCCCUCUUCGCCACAUGCAGAUCUGUACUGUAAAGAGAACUUUAAUGCUGAUUGGUUUAAUCUGGAUGACUUGCAUCUUCUCUGGUCUUCCUGAUCUCUUCAUCACAUUAGCCACAGAGCCGUUGGACUUCUUUCAUUCCCGAGUGUUUUGUGUCAGGGAAACUGUCUUCCCACAUCCUCUCGCUGUUAAGAGGAGGGAUAUCACAUAUUCACUGUUUCUAGUUAUAGUCUGGAUUACCAUAUUUUACACUUACUUCAAGAUCCUGUUUACUGCAAAGACAGCCAGCAAAGAUGCAAAGAAAGCCAGGAAAACUAUCAUGCUCCAUGGGUUUCAGAUACUUCUGUGUAUGUCUUCAUAUGCAACCCCUCCGUUGAAAGAAGCUUUGCUGCGAUGGUUUCCUAAGAAUUAUGCAGACUCUCUCUAUGCUAUCUACAUCAUAGUUCAGAUUCUGCCACGAUCCAUUAGUCCAAUCAUCUAUGGCUUUCGAGACAAUACUUUCAGGAAGUACCUGAAAAAUGACUUCUUGUGUGUUCCUAAGCUAGAAGAGAUAUGUAACCCUUUCAGCGUGUUCUGGGUCUGCUCCAGGGUCUUCUACCAGUUGGACAUGCCUCCAGAGACAUCCAGGAGACAUCUUGACCAGGUGCCCAAACCACCUCAGCUGGCUCCUUUUGAUGUGAAGUAG